AUCAGCAGACCCGGAAGAGAAAGCAGGGGAUUAGUGUGUUUACAGCUCCGCUCAACCGGCGUCAGCCUCCUAUUCAAAACACACAAUUUCGACUGUAAUUUGCAUUUCGAGGUCUGCCGUUGCCCCCGACGUAUGCUCAAAUCUCAGCCUUGUUUGGUUUGAUCCACUGAGGAGGAUCGUUGCUGCGGUCUGGAGCUGGUGACAGUCCGCCGCCGUGUCGGGCCACCAGCCAUCUGUGGAAGUGGGACAAGGGAACAGAUGGCGCAUCCAAGCCGGGCUGCAGGAGCUGCUAGUCCUGCACUGAAGAUGAGUAUUAAUCAGUAAAAAAAAACAAAAAUACGUCUGGCUGUUAGCUGAAAGUAUCUUCUUCAGACAACCAUGACGGAGAGACUAGGGUAAAAGUGGGUGUCAGGAGGCAACGCAGAUCGAGCAAAAUUCAUGCGCGACGAUUGUGGACCCGCUGGCAUCAACUUAAUCCCUCUGGACGUGUGUCUGUCUCGGUGAACAAUGGUUGACAACCGCUACGCCACAGCUCUGGUCAUCGCCUGCGUGCUGAGCAUCCUGGCCACCGUGUAUCUGUCGGUGGCGGUGGGAACGCAGCACUGGUACCAGUACAGCAGCCCCAUGGUGCGUGGGGAGGGCAACAUCUCCGACCUGCGCUCCCUGUACGAGGAGUUCAUGGACGGAGAGUUCGAUGAGAAAACCUACAGCGACACACUGUUCCGCCUCAACGGGACCGUGGGCCUCUGGUGGCGGUGUGUGCUGGUCCCUGCCAACGCUCCCUGGUACAAGGAUCCAGAUGUGAAGAUGGUGCUGGAGUGUCGAAGUUUUAGCCUGCCUCAGCAGUUCACUCCCAAGUACAAAGAACCAGGGAACCACAACAGUGGAGAGGACAUGCUCCGCACUUACCUGUGGAGGUGCCAGUUUCUGCUGCCACUGGUGUCACUGGGCCUGGUGGUGUUGGCGGGCCUGACUGGGCUCUGUGCCUGUCUCUGUCGAAGCCUCACGCCCACUCUAGGGAUAGGCGUGCUUCACCUGCUGGCUGGUCUCUGUACUUUAGCCACAGUGUGCUGCUACCUGGCAGGGAUGGAUCUGCUGCACAGGGUGUCAAUGCUUCCUGACAAGGUGGAUGGCUCUCUGGGCUGGUCCCUUUACCUGGCUCUUAUUUCCUCACCUCUCCACAUGAUGGCCGCAGCCUUGCUAGUGUGGGCAGCGCGCAGUCAUAGUCAGAACUACUACCGCAUGACUGCCUACCGCGUGGCGUAGACUGAGGUUCAGCUCUGGAUCUCAAACCCUAUUCAUAAUUCAUACCCCCCUCUGACACCAAGGUAGAUUUUAUAAUGAUCUCAGAGGAAGACGUUGUGGGUUAAUCCAAUGGAUUAAAGUGCAUAUACUCUCUAUGAAUGACCCUAUCUGCUGCAUUAAAAGAUUAGAUUUUUAUCUCUCUGGUGGUUAUCGAAUUGGUUUUAAAAGGUCAACCACAAAGAUUAGUCUAGUAUAGCAUAUGUUUGGUUUAUACUACCUUAACUCCAACAGGAAAGCAUUAACCGCAUCACACUUUCAUACUCCAUACAAAUUCAGUCAAGAUUCUGAAUGCACAGUGGCUAAAUUAAGUUAAAUUGCAGUUCAUUUUCAGUUUUUCUAGAGUCACUGAUACGAUUAUAUUCAGUAUGUUAACUGCAGACAUUAAGCACAAGUCUUAGUUCAACUUUGAUUUGUGCCUGAUGGGCUUUUCAUAGUUAUGCAUGCACAGUUUUCUUGUGCAAUGAGGGACAUUUCAUGUGCUCACUUUCAGUUUUGUCUCAGUACAGCUUUUUACUUGUCCUAUCAUAUAGUAUUGUUCAAAAGUUUGGGGUCACUUAGAAAUGUCUUUAUUUUUGAAAGAAAAGCAUUUUUUCAAUGAAGAUAACCUUAAAUGAAUCAGAAAUACAGUUUAGACAUUGCUAAUGUGGUAAAUGACUAUUCUAGCUGGAAACUGAUGAUUUUAAAUGGAAUAUGUACAUAGGAGUACAGAGGAACAUUUCCAGCAACCAUCACUCCUGUGUUCUAAUGCUACAUUUUGUUAGCUAAUGGUGUUGAAAGGCUAAUUGAUGAUUAGAAAACCCUUGUGCAGUUAUGUUAGCACAUGAAGAAAUGUCCUAGUGAGAGUUUUCAUGGAAAACAUGAAACUGUCUGGGUGACCCCAAACUUUUGACCGGUAGUGUUCAUCAUUAUAGGGAUGUUGCUGCCUUCUUAUUGUUCCCUCUACUGUGUUAUCACACUUCUACAAAUUGUUGACCAGAUGAAGAGCCAAGUUUGUUUGUUUUGUCCGUUUAAAGAAAAUGUGGCAUGGGGUUUCACUAAUCGAAAAGAUGCUCCGUCCAAAAACACAGCUACUCACAAUUAGAAAAACAAUCAGUUAAAUUGUUGAUACUACUAAAAAAAACAAAGUUUAUAAACUCAGGGAAAACUCAUAUUUAUAAAGAAAUGUGUCUAAAAUCAUGGAUUGAUUAAUGUCCAUCAAUGUGCAUCUUGUAUAGUUUCCAACUGCUGUUAAAAACAAGACACUAUAGAGAUCAGUAGGCAUUUUGACACAUGCUAACGGUUGAAUUUUUCAAGUCUGAUUUGCUUCCUGAUCGCACCUGGAAUCCCAGUUGGAUGUGGUGACAUUUCACUUGUGUUAUAAAAACACCUGAUAGUAAUCUCUAAAUGUACUGGACACAGCCUGACUGUGUUUCUGUAGCAAAGUACAAAAAGCAUAAGAUAAUUAUGUUGGUGGGUUUGUUUUAAGUGUUUUACUCAACUGCUUUGAAACAUUGUCAGAGAAUGUUGCAUUAGUGAGGUGUAAAGUGAGUUAGGCAGUUACUGUGUUCAUAUUUCUGUUACUACAACAGAAUUAAAUGUCUGUAGUGUUUCCUUUUUUUACUUAAGUAAUAUUUAUUUAUGGCAGUGAUAUGUUUCUGAUUUGUUUACCCAUUGUAUUGUUUUGUUUGCUCUUUUCAUACAUAUUUUUUAAUGUUUGGAUUUUGUAGAUCUUUAAAAAAAAAAGUCCUUUACUUAACUUAGUAGUGCUAACUCAACAAUUUUGUUAACCUCAUACACUUUAUCCUUUUUGUGAGUUUUGCUUAUUAUUUGGUGUUAAUGUUUAAUUUUUUCUAAUAUAUAUUUGUUCCUUGGUUUAUUUAUUCAUUUCUUUGUUACCACCCUUAUGGAAAAAACAAACACAUGAACUAAUUUAACAUGAUUUCAAGAAAAUUGUUUUCCUCUCUUUGGCAUUAUGAAUGUACUUUAAAGGCCAUAUUAUAAUAGUCUACAAGUAUAUCUUUGCACUUCAAAUGAUUUUUAAACAUAUGCUCAAUAUUGUUGUGGUUAUUGGUGGUGAAUUUCUAUUUUUUGACAAUGUAAAUAUCCAAUUAUUUAAAUACAUUUGGAAAACAACAUCAUUAUUACCCAGAAUCCAUGUUAUAUGUCUAAAUAAAUAUAGAGGAACACUGCUCUGAAGGGUUCAUGAAAUUAAUGAAUGUCUGUGAAAUGAUGCACUAUUUGUGGUCUCAUGUUAAAUAAGACUGUAUUUCACACAUUCAGCCUUUAAAUACAAGAAAUCCCUGAAUGCAUUGUAGCAUAAUGUAUGGCAUUUGUGAAUCUAAAGUGAAAAUGUUGUUCUUUCUCCAGCUGUGAAAAGUUACAAACUGUACACUUGUGUACAAGUAUAUGCAAGCGUACACAUGCUUUCAUUUCAAUAAAAGUUUUCCUAAAAAUUUA